AUGAACGCGAAAGCAAAACCAGGUGCUCUUACUGAUCCUGAGCUUCUGGAAAAAAUUGACAAGCUUUUCGAACUAAAUGUUGGCGAAUAUGUCCAUCUUCCUCAGCUCUUGGUUGUUGGGGACCAAUCGAGGCAGCCACUGAAGAGAACGCAGGCUGAAGAGAUUAUGGACCUGCAUGAAAGCCUUGGAAGUGGCGCAAAGAGGAGCUUCUCAAACGACAUUCUCAAGAUUGAGGUAUCAGGUCCAAAGGAAGAGCAUUUCAGCGUGAUAGAUGUACCGGGAAUAUUUAAGCGAGCUACUUCUGGAGUCACAACAAAGGAGGACAUUGCUAUGGUGGAUAAAAUGGUGGACGGAUACAUGGAAAAUCAACGCUCAAUAAUUCUCGCUGUGGUUCCAGCUAAUGUCGACGCUGCAACACAAGACAUCUUACAACGGGCUGAGGAAUGUGAUCUAGACGGGCGGCGGACCUUAGGCAUCUUAACCAAGCCCGACCUGGUCGAUCCAGGUGCAGAGCAGAAUAUCAUGGACAUCAUCGAGGGGACGAAACAGCGUUUGAAGCUUGGGUGGUGUCUAGUCAAAAAUCCCGGUCAAGCCGACUUAGCGAAAGACGACGAGAACUUCGAUAGGCACGGCUCCGAGAAAGAUUUUUUCAGUACUCGGGAACCAUGGUCAAGACUUCCUCGGGAUCGGGUUGGGGUGGCCGCAUUGCGUACUCGUCUGAUGCAGAUAUUGGGUGAAAUGAUACACCGGGAGUUCCCCCAGCAGUACAAGUAUCUGACUAGCCUCGCGUCUAAAUAUCAGCAAGUUUUGCAGCACGCACUGUCUGCGCAUGAUCCUGACGACAGUUUGGUCACCUUUUCCGAUGAAUUACGGCUCAUCACGCACUUUGUUAAUCGCAAUAUGGUAUUUGCAGAUGACAUGGCAGCCUGUGGCCAGUCUCUCUUAUUCAAAGAUGACAAGCCUGAAGUCAGUAAUGAGCAUGGCAGCAAGAUAAACGGACCACAGACUACGCCUGGUGUCAUUCAGACACGCCGAUGUAAGCGGAAGUUCGAUGAUCUUGAUGACAUUCUAAGCCCAGACCGACGUAUAUCGGAGCCAGAUGGGACUAAGAGUAUUGAUGCAUGGCUCGCCGAGGUUCACUACUGCACAAGAGGAUUGGAGCUCGGCACUUUCGACUACAAACUUCUAGCCAAAGUAUUCCGCCACCAAUCCGCGAAUUGGGAGAAUAUAGCAUUCGGCUAUAUUAGCGAUAUCAUUGCUACAGUCCACAGCUUCAUCAAUGACUUGUUGCAGAAACUUUGCCAUGAUGAUGAUAGAAUUAGGAAGGGGAUUCUAACCACAUUAAAGGAGGAGCUUGUCAAGAGAUAUAAGGAUGCUAUUCAUCACACGGAAUCAUUGCUGAAAAGUGAGCGAAAGGGUUCUCCAAUCACCAUGGAUCCUUUCUUUUCGGAGCACCUCGAUAAAAGAUAUCGUGAGCAAAUCGAGAAAAAUGCUUUCUGGUCUAACAGUCACAACGGCAAUGUCGUCAAGAUUGACUCACUAGUUCAAAUAGCAGCACCAAAAACGAGCAAUACAGAGCACGCGAUUGCCGACCUCCACGAUAUCUUGAAGUCAUACUACAUGGUAGCUCUAAAGCGUUUUGUAGACUCUGUUGUCAAGCAGGCUGCAGAUCUUUACUUGAUUACAGGAGAGGAUACACCUUCCAAGCUAUUCUCUUGCAGCUUCGUCGGCGAGCUAUCUCCAGACGAAGUAGAUGCGAUUGCUGGUGAAGAGUCAGCAACGCAGCGGAAACGGUGCAAGUUGAAACGCGACAUGGAGAACCUGCAGAAAGGAUAUGACGUCUUGAAGUGA